GGUAGUUAAAGCGCACUUUCAGCUGUGCGAUAUGACACUCUGAUAUAUCGUCGUAUCCAUCGUCAAACCCUCCCCCCGCAUAACCUCCUGCAAUGUUUGGCGGCUUCUUACGGCAGAGACGUUGUGCCUUGCAUGUCAGCCAUGCUGCCAUGCCAUGCUCUCUUAUUUGCAUAUGCAGGAUUCUAUGUACGAUAGGCAAUAUAAAUAUAUUUACAAAAUAUAUUUACACAUUUGAUUUAUAUCGACCCCUUUCAUCCCCCCUUUUUUUUUACUUUCUCUCUUUUUCUCUCUUCAAUUUCAACUUCUGCUUACUUACCUUACCUAUUACUAUGUACAUUAGAAUGCAGCCAAGGAAAACCCCCUAUUUCCCAGGAAAAAUCCCCGAUUGAAAAAAUAGGUAAAACCAGACAACCUCCCUCCCUCACCCCGCCCCACCCGAAGACGCGGUCCCUGCGGUCCCUGCUACGGCGCUACGGCAAGGUACCCGAGGUGCGCAAUAUA